AUGCAGCUACAUUAUUUGUAUGUUUAUGGAGGUAGAUUAUUAACUGCGGAUAAACCUGAGUUUAAACCUGAGUUUAAACCUGAGUUUGAUACUGGCAUUGACACAAAUGAUAUAUUGUAUUUGGAUGUAUCAGUAAACUUUGAUCCAAAAAAACCAGUAUGGAAUCCAUUAACAGCAGAUAGUCCUGUUGCAUUUCACAGUAUGUCAAUUGGAGGUCAAAAUAACAAUUCAUUAAUAAUAUUUGGUGGCAUGUCAAAUGGGAAUGCACUCCCAGAUUCAUUAUAUAUUUUUGAUACAACAAGCAAGUCAUUAGCUUCUAAAGCAGUUACAACAGAAUGUACUAAUCGUGUGCUACACACCUCAGUCACCAAAUAUGAUUCAAAAGUUUUUAUAUUAGGUGGAUCCUCACCUGUUGUUUCAAAUGAUGAUGUCAGUGAUGUGUUAAAUACGUUAUGUGUGUAUGAUUCAUUAACAAACAUAUUUAAAAUGUCAGCAAUAAGUGUUUUACCAAAUGGAAUUUCUCAUCAUACUUCAACUUUACUAAGUGAUAAUCUCAUUUAUGUUAUUGGUGGUAUUAGUAAUGUGGUGGCUGAUACAGGUCCCCCUCCCCUAUCAGACAUGAAUAUAAUUACUAUUUAUGACACUAAUCUAGAUACUUGGACCUCAAAGACCACUUUAGGUGUUACUCCCUCACCAAGAAGAGGUCAUCGAGCUGUUGGAACAACAGACAAGAAAAUUAUUAUUUAUGGUGGUCGUAAUUUUGAUGCAUCAACUGUUUAUGAUGAUUUGUUAGAACUUGAUACAACUACACUGACAUGGAAAACUAUCCGACCUGUGGGAAUAGCUAAACCACCAGGAUUGUUUGAUCAUACAAUGACAUUGGUUGGAACUAAUAUUAUAAUUACAUAUGGUAAAUAA